AUGAAAGAUUUCGACUUACAGUGUGCUGAAUUGAAAGAGGAGCUUUCAGCUACAUGCAAAACAAUUGCUUUAUCUCUUGAUGCGUGGACUAGCCAGAAUCACCUACCUAUCCUUGGUGUCAUUGGCCAUUGGCUUACGGAAGAAUUUGAGUAUCGAGAAAAAGUUCUAGAGUUCAAGGAACUGCAUGGACCACACAGCGGAGAGAAUCUGGCUGCAGCUGUUGAAUCAUUGCUUAUUGAACUUGGGCUUGAACAAAAGCUGCUUUCGAUUACUGGUAAUAAUGCUAGUAAUAAUGAGCGAAUGGUGCUACAGCUAUCUCAGAAUCUUCAGAAAAAGUAUGAGAACAACCUCUUAUUCUCUGACUUAGGGAGUUAUGUGCACUGCUUAGCCCAUAUUAUUAACCUCAUUGUUAAGGAUAGUCUUGGGACUCUCAGGUCUGGUAAUAUAGGAGAAGCUAAUAUUGUCUGCACUAACCUUGAUGAGGGAAACUACCAGUCAUUCCAGACUGUUGAACCGCUUGCGAAGCUGCGCAUCCUGGCUCUCUGGAUCCAUCGAAGUCCUCACCGCAGUCAGUCAUGGAACGAUAGCUGCAAACAUAUGAACCUCCCUAAUAAGUUCAUUGAGUAUGAUGUUGAUACACGAUGGAAUUCAACUUUUCGAAUGCUAAGUGAUGCUUUACAGACCGCGAGCAUGUACAUACUACUGCAGCAUCGUGGGCCAUAUCUGGGGAACGCCAUCCCUUGUCGAGGUGGGGCUGCUGGCCGUUUUGUCCGAUCCGGUUAA